AUGUCUGGCUCGGAUCAGGAUCAGGAUCAGUGGCACCAGCACCAGCCCCACCAGCGCACUGGAUUGCCGUUCGCCCCGGCGCCGCUGCGACGGCCUGGAUUGGUCGGCGGCGUCGCGACCCAGUCAGCAUCCAGCCCGUCGUCGAGCGCUGACGCUCGUCGUUUCGCAAACGACGCAGCCGGUGACGAUGACGAGGCCUCGCGGGCUGCUUACGAAGCAAUGCUGCUUGUUGCGCAAAUCGAGUCGGGCGGAUCACACGCAGCGAUGGCUCCCGUCAACAAGCCAGCCGAGAAUCCUGCAUAUCUCGACCCGACCGACGGGACAAUCUACGAGUGGGACGGUCGCGCAAAGGCGUGGUUUCCACGUCUCGAUGAAGCAUUCAUCUACUCGUAUCAGUUGAGCUAUGGCGGGAAUGAGAACGCGGCGGCAGCUGCGCCAUCAACCACUACUGAAGCGUCAACAACGCGGCGGACCCGCGCGGAUCUUGAAUCAGGCGGCCAGCAGGUUGCUACGGGCAACAGUGCUCCCAAUGGCAGCGAGAUGGAUGCGGAGGCCGCACAUCGGGAGUACAAACGCAUGCGGAUGGAGCAGCACGAUGAUGAAGACGAGCUCGUCAAGCCUCCCGCAGCUGCUGGACCUGGUCGACCUGGGAAAGGUGCGCCCAAAGCAGCUGCAGCAAGCAAAAGUCAAGAAGGCGACGCCCCGGCUUUCAAAAACUCCAACGUCUAUGUGACUGGGCUGCCGUACGACGUGGAUGCCGAAGAGUUUGCCGAAUACAUGUCGCAAUGCGGCAUUAUUCGCUUUGACAUGAACACGAAUGAGCUCAAGGUCAAGGUCUACACGGAUGCCAAUGGCGUACCCAAGGGCGACGCGCUGUGCAGCUACAAUCGAGCAGAGUCCGUUCAGCUGGCGCUGGACUUUUUGGACGGGUCGCUUUUUCGAGGCAAGCACCCAAUUCACGUCGAGGCCGCCAAAUUUAGUCACAAAGAAUCGAGCAAGGAAGCCAGCAAGGGCGGGUCUGCCUCCAAGGGUGCGAAGGCUGCGGUCGCAGGUGCCAAGGGCGGCGCCAAGGAGGCAGGAACCUCGGUACAGUCAGACCAAGCGCCGCCACCACAACACCACGGCCCCGUCAUCAACAAUGCCAAGCAGCUCAAGCAAGUCAAAGCACGUCGGCAAAAAGUGAUGCAAAAGCUGUACGGCUGGGACGAGUUUGUUCCGAUGGAGAACAAGCGGGGCGCGAGCACUGUGAUUAUUAGCAAUGUCUUCUCGCCCGAAGAAUUUGACGACAAUCCCAACGAGCUGAACGAGCUCAAGGAGGACAUGGAAAGCGAAUGUGGCAAAUGCGGCGUUGUACGCAAGGUGACCAUCUUUGAUCGAAACCCACUCGGAGUGGUGUCUGUCAAAUUCGACCUUCCUGAAGAUGCCGGCAAGUGUGUCGAGCUCAUGAAUGGCCGCUGGUUUGGAGGGCGCCGUCUGGAAGCCGCAAAGUGGGACGGUCGUACAUCCUACAAGGUCGAGGAGACCGACGCUCAGCGCGAAGCGCGUCUGCAAAAGUGGGAAAGCUGGCUGUUGGCUCAGCGCGCUUCAACCGAAGAACGAGAGAAGCUGAUUCGUCAAGACGCUGCCCGUCGUGAAGCCGCGGCGCGUCAUGCUGAUGACGACGACGAUGAUGAUGAUGAUGAGGAAAGUGACGAUAAUGGUGAUGAUCAGUGA